CAGGUUAUUAUUAUAGAACCAUUUUUUGAUUGUUAUGAUCCGAUGGUAAAAGUAGCCGGUGGUCAGUCUAUCUUUGUUCCUAUUAGGCCUGUAAUUGAAGGACCUACAUCUAGUGUUGAUUGGAAGAUAGAUGAAUCUGAAUUAGAGAGUAAAUUUAAUCAAAAAACUAAAGCUAUUAUAAUAAAUACUCCAAAUAACCCUUUAGGAAAGGUAUUUUCUAGAGAGGAAUUAGAAAUGAUAUCUAGAUUAUGUAUAAAAUAUGAUGUGAUAUGUAUAUCAGAUGAGGUCUAUGAAUGGUUAGUGUUUGGAGAAAGUAAACAUAUAAAAAUAGCCACCCUGCCAGGAAUGUGGGAAAGAACAUUAACUAUUGGUAGUGCUGGUAAAACAUUCAGUGCUACAGGUUGGAAACUAGGAUGGACUAUAGGUCCAGCUAAUCUGUUACUUGGUGCUCAAUGUAUGCAUCAAAACUGUAACUACAACUGUCCUACCAUCUUACAGGAAGCUGUAGCUCUAGCUUUUGAACAUGAAUUGCCCAAAAUAGAUACCCCAGAAUGCUACUUUAAACAACUACCCCUAGAGAUAAUACCUAAACGAGAUAUGUUAAUUAGUUUGUUUAACGAGAUGGGAAUGUGGCCAGUUAUUCCUGAUGGUGGUUAUUUCUUAAUGGCAGACAUAUCUGGUAUAGAUGUUGAUUUAUCAGGAGAGAACCCAGAAGAAGCAAGAGAUGUCAAAUUUGUUAAAUGGAUGACUAAAAAUAAGGUAUGUUAUUAA